GUACACUUACCUUACCUACUGUAGAUACAGUAAAUGUAAUUGCUUAGCUAAGAGAAUCGAUUUUAAAAUUUCGUGUAAUAAUUGAGGAUUCUCUAGAUCUUAUUAUUUAAGUUUCAUUAGCUAUAAAUUGAAUACUACAAUCAUGACAUCGGUCUUAUCUACUGUUGUGAAAAUAACACUAUUUGUGUUAAUUUUCAUGAGUAUAAUAUCCCAUGUUGUACUUGGAAAUAAUGCUCCCAAAAAAUUGCAAAUCGGAGUUAAGAAAAGGCCAGCAGAAUGUCCUAUCAAAAGUAAAAAAGGAGAUUUGCUUCAUAUGCAUUACACGGGCACUCUAGAAGAUGGCACAGAAUUUGAUAGUUCCAUUCCACGCGGGAAUCCGUUGACAUUCACUCUUGGAUCUGGCCAAGUUAUCAAAGGUUGGGAUCAGGGAUUAAUGGGCAUGUGUGAAGGAGAGCAGCGGAAGCUUGUCAUACCACCAGAAUUAGGCUAUGGAGAGGCCGGAGCUCCUCCUAAAAUUCCGAAGUCUGCAACUCUUACAUUCCAUGUAGAUUUAGUCAAAAUUGAUAGGAAAGAUGAAUUGUAACAUUGAAUUUUUAUGCUGCUGUCAGCAUUACCUGCUCCCCUGCUCAGUCAUGUUUUUUUUAUUGUAUUCAACUUUGUUUUAGGUCAAAAAUGUUUUAUUAUAUUUAUUUUAUAUGAAAGUAUUAAGACUGUAUUUAUGAGCGUA